AUGGAAAAGUUGUACAACUGUGAAAUUCUCGAUAAAAAUAUAAAUUAUAAUAAUAUAGAAAAAUCAUUAAUUAAAAAAAACAAAAAUUUUAUUUAUGAUUCAUCUGCGUCUCUAUUAGAUGAAUUAUAUUUUGACUAUUAUAAAGACGGAAUAAAUUACACGGAACUGUAUAAAAAAUUUAAAGAAGAUAAUUGUGUUAAAUCAUACAACAGAUUACCUGUAUGUGCAUAUAAGUAUCCUCAAAACACUAAAAUUGGUAAAUUUGAUAAAUUAAAAAGAGAAUUAAUAUAUGAUAAAAUAAAUAAUGAAAGUGGAGAAAAGAAAAAUAAGGUAGAUUAUUAUAAUAGUGAUUUAAAAAUUUUUGUACCUAAUAAAUUAAAGAAUGAUAAUGGUAAAAAAGAAAAAAAAAGUUUAAGGAAAAAAAUAUACGAUGGAGAAGUAAUGUUUUAUGAAGACUAUUUAGAACAAGUAGCUGCAAGAGAUUAUCAAUAUUUUUUUAAAAAACCCUAUAAAAUAAAAAGAAAAGAUGAAGGAGGCAAAUAUUAUUUUUAUGGAAGAAAAAUAGAAAUGAAUGAAGAUGAAGAUUUAUAUAGGAAGUAUUAUGGAUAUGAUGAUGAAUAUUUUCUCAAAAAAAUGCAGUUAAAUGAAAAAUCAAAAAAAAAAGUAGGUAAUAAUUUAAAGAAAAAAAAAGAAAAGGAGGAGGAAUCAUUAGAAAAAGAGUAUGAGAAGUUAAAUCAUAAAGAUAAAAAUUUUAUAUUAAAAAUAAAAGAAGAAAAUGAAAUAAAAAAUUUAAACAUUUACAAUUUUUAUACAAAAAAUAAAAAUAUUAUAUUUGAUAAAAAUUUGUCCGAAAUUAAAAAAAAAGAAUUAUUAAAUGGUUAUAUUCCUGAUAUUAUUUUUCCUGUUAAUAAUAGAAAAACAAAACAUCCUAAGAAUUGUACUGUUCUUUUUAGUCGUUUAAAUACUUAUGCAAAAUUUUUAGAAGACCUUCUUAUAUGUCCAUAUAUUCAUAAUGCUAUAGAUGCAGAAUUAGGAAAAUAUUGGAAAACAAAUGAAAAUGAUAAUAUAAAGAAAUUAAAAACUGAAAAAAUUAAAAAAGGAUAUAAAAAAGAUAUUUAUUCCGUAACAAAAGAACAAUUAGAAAAGUCUAAUGAAAAAUUGAAGAAUUUACUAGAAAAAGAAAAAGAAAAUGAUAAAAAUUUAAAGGUUUCUUUAAAUUUUAAAAUACAAAAAGAAGAGAGAGAAAGUAAAAGUAUAUGUAAUGGUAGAUAUAUGAUAUAA